CGCACGCAGACGGACACGGACUCGGAGUACGGAUAGAACGCAAGCGGAAACGAGAAAAACAAGCAGAACAGGCCCAGAAUAGGAAGCUGAAGUGUGACUUGUGAAAAAAAAACUAAGCUCGCAGGCAGUGUUAAAAAGUGUGACCAGCAAUAAAAAAAACCGGAGCAGACUCAAUUAACUGUAAAAACCUGCUGCUCGCCAAAGACAAAGCCAAGCAUAAACGGGCACCUACUCACACACACGCACACGUAUAAGCCGUGCGAGUGGGAAAAAACGACGGGGAAACGAGUGAGCGAGAGAAGUGAAGGUGAAGCUGAAGGAGAAGCGCGAACAAUUUGUUGAAUACAACGGGACAGUCUCCAACAGAAAAAAGCGAAAGUGAAAACCAAAGAAAUGACAAACUAAAUUUGUAAGCCAAAUAAACUUUUAAUACUCCGCGCACUCAAACAAACCAGAGCUAAAAUAAAACUACAGCGAAUUCCCAGCGUAUCCUAACAAAAAAGGGGAGAAAAUUGGCGGCGCAAAAGUUAAAAGGGACAAAGGCGAUUAAGCAGCUUGCCAAGGACGAGGACCAACAGCUCGAAAGAUAUUUCUGGAUAUCCGGACACGGAGGACGGAGGACUGGAAAUCGGCGACGGGGACGGACGCUGAAAUUGCGGCUCUAAUAGAGCGGAGGCCACCACGUGCGGUGUAUAAUAUUUGAAAUCAAAGCGCUAAAGUCCAACCAUGGCGAUGGUGCACGUGAAUCACAAGCUCAACAUGCGCACAACGGCUGUCAAAAUGAAGCGGACCCGACAUCCUGCCGUAUCCUGCUUCAAUCCCAUUCCCAUUUCCAUUCGCCGUCGCAGUCCACAUCCAUGUCCACAUCGCAGUCGCAGUCCCACGCCCAGAAACUGAGGACGGGCUCAAGGCCAAGGAGCCGCCAGCCGGCGGAGAAUCGGAUAAUUCAAUCGCUUUUUCUACAAAUUUACGGUUUACUUUGCCUCGGUUCCUGGAUGGCUUGCAUUAAAACUAUCGGCGCUUCAAUUGAGCAGCAAACGCUUGCGGAAGCGGAUCCGGAUGCACAAGAUAAAGAUAAAGAUAAAGAUAAAGAGCGGGAAGCGGAAAGGGAAACGGACACAGAAACGGAAACGGAUGCCCGCAUCAUGGCAACGGGAAUUUGCAUUAUAAGACUGAUAACAUUAAAGAGAUUUCUAGAGGAUUCCACAACCGACGAACACAAUCAAAGGCGCCAGCCAUCAUCGGCCACGUCAACAGCGUCAGCCGGAGCAGCUGCCGCAGCUGCCAGCCAACCAAGAAGGAGGCCACCCCAUUAUCCCGGCUCCAGUUCAACUCAGCCUCCUGGCCACCCAGAGGCCACCCUGCUGCUGCUGCUCCUGCUCCUCACCAGCCUAUGGCCCGAGGGCUGCGAGUGCCUCCAUGGCGGCAGCAACACGGUGAAGACCAAGUACGGCCUCCUGCGGGGGAUCGUGGUGCGCUCCUCGCCGCUGGUUGAGGCCUUCCUGGGCAUUCCCUAUGCCUCGCCGCCGGUGGGCAGUCUCAGAUUUAUGCCCCCCAUAACGCCCUCGACGUGGAAAACGGUUCGCUCCGCGGAUCGAUUCUCGCCCGUCUGUCCGCAAAACGUUCCCAUCCCGCCCAACGGACCGGAGGCGCUCCUGGAAGUGCCGCGCGCUCGCCUCGCCCAGCUGCGGCGCCUGUUGCCGCUGCUCAAGAACCAAUCGGAAGACUGCUUAUACCUAAAUAUCUAUGUGCCCUACGAGACGCGCCGCCAGAAACGUAAUAUCGAUGAUUCUACUGGCGAAGCUAAGACCAAACUGUCCACUGUGGUAUUCAUACAUGGCGAAUCGUACGACUGGAACUCAGGGAAUCCCUACGAUGGCUCCGAGCUGGCCGCCCACGGCAAUGUCAUUGUCGUGACAAUCAACUUCCGUCUGGGGAUCUUUGGCUUCCUUAAAACCGGCGGCAAGGAGAGUGCCCAGGGCAACUUUGGGCUAAUGGAUUUGGUUGCGGGCCUGCACUGGCUCAAGGAGAAUCUCCCCGCCUUUGGCGGAGAUCCGCAGAGUAUCACGCUUCUGGGUUACGGCACCGGAGCUGUGCUGGCCAACAUAUUGGUUGUCUCCCCAGUGGCGAGUGAUUUAAUACAACGCACCGUUCUGGUCAGCGGAAGUGCCCUGUCGCCUUGGGCCAUUCAGAAGAACCCGCUCUUUGUGAAGCGUCGGGUGGCGGAGCAGACUGGCUGCCAUGGCGACAUGCUAUACGAUGACCUGGCGCCCUGUCUGCGCACCAAGAGCGUUGCGGAGUUGCUGUCGGUGAAAGUGGAUCACCCGCGUUUUCUCGUGGGUUUCGCUCCAUUUGUGGAUGGUACUGUAAUAUCGCCAGGCGCCAAUCCCUUGGGCAGCACCACGCUGCCUCUGGGAUCGGCUAUUGUUAGUACUUCAGGAAUUGAAUAUGCAAACUUUCCGAAACGAGACCUCAUCUUCUGCCUUACAUCUGUGGAGUCCUAUUUGGAUUUGAGUGCCCAGGACUUGGAGUUCGGCUUCAAUGAAACACGGCGGGAUCGCAUCCUGCGCACCUUUGUGCGCAACAAUUUUCACUAUCAUCUGAAUGAAAUAUUUGCAGUAUUGAAGAAUGAGUACACCGACUGGGAGAAGGCUAUACGUAAUCCUCUUAGCUCCCGGGACGCCACCCUGCAGUUUCUGAGCGAUGGCCACACGGCCUCGCCGCUGAUUAAAUUGGGCUACAUGCACAGCUUCCGCGGGGGACGUGCUUAUUUUCUGCACUUUAAACACAAAACCAUAGAGGAGGAGUAUCCACAGAGAACUGGAUCCGUGCGCGGCGAAGAUGUGCCUUUCUGGCUGGGCCUGCCCAUGUCCCCGCUCUUUCCACACAAUUACACGACUCAGGAGCGCCAAAUUGGCAGACUUAUGUUGCGAUAUUUGUCCAAUUUCGCCAAAACCGGCAAUCCGAACCUAUCCUCGGUGAAACCAGGGCUAGCUAAUCCAAGCGAGGACUUAAAUCCUGCCCUGCAUCAUCAGAAGAAACGCUCUACUGGCCUAACCCAUCCCAACCUUAGUGAGGCACUCAACCUGGCCGUGAUCUACAACCAGCGCAGGAGCAAUGCCAUGCACGAGAAGCGCUCCUACAUCCGGAGAAGACUCCGGAGCAACGAUGCCGCCUUUACCCAGCUGGGCAUAUCCAGUGACCGUGAUGUGGGCAGCUACGAUGGCGACGAGCUGCCCUUUUGGGAUGCCUACGACGUGGUCAAUCAGCUUUACGUGGAAUUGGGCAACAAGGCCAACAUUCAGAGCCAUUAUCGAGGUCACAAGCUGUCCAUGUGGCUGAAUCUCAUCCCUCAGCUGCACCGCCACUUCAACAUCAAUGACCAGUCGAUGAGACAUCAUCAGUUUCAGGACGAUAUGAACAACAGGGAUCUCUAUGAGGGCGUUGUGCGGCCACAGUUGCAGACGAAGCCAGCGGACGAUGAUCACAUACUCAUCAUGCAAAAGAGCAGAGCUACGACGACGGCGGCACCGCCACCGCCGCCGCCUCAAAAGGUCCCGAGUACAAAUGCCACACAAGCCUUGAAUCCCCUGGCCACAGGAGCAACCACCACCACAGAAUGCGGCAUCGAUGGGGCAAUGUCCGUGUCCGAACUGACCACCACUCAGGCGCCAAAGGACAAUCGAACCGGAGUGACUCGAGUGGAAACACAAAAAGACCUAGCCACCGCCUCUACGGGUAUUAUUGGGAAUCUGGAGCUGCUCAGGCGACUAAGUGGCAAGCAGUUCCAGAGCUACACGACCGCCCUAAUAGCCACCGUGGCCGUGGGCUGUUUUUUGCUCAUCCUCAAUGUUCUGAUCUUCGCGGGCAUUUACCAUCAGCGUGAGAAGCGGGCUCGCGAUGCCAAGACCAAGGAGGAGCUGCAGGAGAGCGACACUAGCAAGAACUCCAGCAUGCUGAAGUUAAAUGCCUUAAUGGGCGCUAGCGGUGGAUCCGGUGCCGGUGAUAUAGCCGAUGCCUAUACAUUAAGCGGCUCCGUAGUGGACAGCAAGGGCGGAGUGGGCGUGGUCUUUGGAGAGUACAGCUGCUACGAUGAGAAGACCAAACAGCUAAAAGAAGAGAAGCUCCUGGUGGAACUGCCGCCAUCGUCGUCGUCGUCAACGGGUCAGACUUCACUAAUGAUGGACACCUGGGGAGCGUGCUCUACCAGUACUUUAGAUCUGCUCAAGACCAAGCCGGGGGAUCCUUCCAUCGAAAUGGUCACCUACGGCGUCCUGCCAACGGUAAUAGAGUCCACAUCAGCGCAGAGCAGCAAGCGUGGAUCCUUCGUCGACACAACAAUGCAGUUUAAUAGUCCGCAGCAAUUCGACUAUGCAGUCCAAUCCUCGGAUCAAAUGUCCUUCAAGGCGAUAGAGGAGGCAGUCAAGGCGGCAGCCGUGUCCGACACGGAGAUCACCAGGGACGAUGAUAUACCCGAGCCUCCGCCACCACCGCGAUCCUUUCUAGCCGCCCAACAACAGCAGCAGCAACAGACAGGCAUCCUGAGGCAGACAGGGGCCGGAGGAGGCUCGACGACGGGAGCAGGGAGCAGCAGCGGCAAAAAACGUGUACAUAUUCAGGAAAUCUCAGUCUAGCAAUCAUUACCCUCCUAGUAAACCAUGUGUGAGCCUAUUUUAAUGUCUCUUCUACUUAUUUUUCUGGCUCGAACAGAAUCAAUAACCUUAACUUGCCCAACAUUUAUAGAAUAAAUUCGGUUGGCAACUAAAACGAGAUCUAUUAAAAAUAUAUCCAACUAUUCUCGAGUUAUUUAAGUUCGGUUCUCUGGUAGCAUUCACUUAAUUUAUAUUCUCCAUAUUAGUUCCUUUACCACCUGUCCCCAAAAAAUUAAAUGAAUAUAAUAGAUGGAAUCUGUUCUUUCCCUAAAACAAGGCAAAAAAUCGUUGUAACCGUACGUAUUAUGUAUGUUUGUAUAUUAUGUAAAUGUUCCUUGUAGAAGCGAAUGAGAGGAUAUGGAUAUGUAUUGUGUAGGAAUCAUUUUUCAACGUGUUAUCAUUGUGUGUAUAGUUUAUGUUCCUUUUUAAUGUACGAUUAGGAUCUGGUAUUAUAUUGUAUUUGCUUGUUAUUUAAUAAUUAGCGAAAUCAAACGGAAUAUGUAAGAAGCUUUUAAUAAUUUAAAAAAGAAACAAAAAACAAACCGCAAACUAAUAACUAUGAUAAACAUAUUGUGUAUUUAAUGUAUUGUAAAAUAUUGACUCUAUUUGUAUGAAAUACAUAUGUAUUACAAAAAAGUA